AUGCAAGGUGUAUGUCAGCAGCAGAAUGUACUCUUUGACUUUGUGAGUGUGAAAGAACAUUUAGAGUUCUACUCUGGCCUGAAAGAAGUGCCAGUGGAGCAGAGAGGUGACAUGGUAAAGUUGCUACUUGCAUAUAACAAAUCUCUGUUGCAUGUGAAAAUCUUUGCCACUUGUAUAAAUUAGUGACAAGGCAGUACAUGAUCUAUGAUGUUACCUCAGGCCUUUUAUUUAGAAUGGAACCUGCAACUGCCACAGGCCAGUUUUGGAGUAAUGACGCUUUUCAGAUACCCUUACACAUGUGAUUCUUCAUGAUACUGCCAGAAUAGUGGUUCAUCUAUUCUACAGAGAAAUUAAAUUGCUUCCUUUGAAAAGGAUAAAGAGAGAAAUGAUAGGACUCCCUAAUUUUUCAUGAGAAAAUGAUGAUUUGCCUUAUUUGAAUCACCUCUGGCUGUAGAUGAAAAGCCACGAUUUCUUUCAAUCUGUGUACUUGCAUGCAAAUCAUGUGAAGUGAUGAAUUUUAAAGAUGCAGAGUGCAAUGCAGGGAAAUGAUAUCAAGUAACUUGCACUUUUUUCAAGGUGGGUUCAUUGUUGAAGGAAAUUGACUUGGCAGACCAAAGGGACACUUUGUCAAAAGAUUUGAGUGGAGGCCAGAAGAGGAAAUUAAGUGUUGGCAUAGCACUCAUUGGAGAUCCAAAGGUAUAUACCUGUAUUUGUUAACUUGUAAGUGUUAUGAGAAAAUGGAAACCCAAUGUCAUUUCUAUAACCCAACCCCUGUUGACCUUUCCAGAAGACAAAUAUCAAAAUUUCAAUUCUCUUUACUGUCUGCCUUGUAUUCCUGAUCAUUCUAGUCCUGUGUUUUUAGUGUUAAAUCAAACCAUAUGCCUACAGUAGCUGAUAUUUUUCUGUCUUGUCAUCACCCUUCUGCUUGGAAAUGUAGUGAUGUGGUUUCAAGAAAUUUAGUUUCCAUCUCUCCUUGGAGUGAAUUAAAGGUCAACCCUUUGAUCCGUGAAAUAUUGCCUUUCUAUCAGGCAGGAUGUCAAUCCAGGGGCCCAUUUCUCAUAGGUAAUUAAAAGCUGUUCUGGUUUUCUUUAAGAUGGGGGUUUCAAAAGUUUUUAAAGUUAUACAAUAAAACUAUCAGCCAAAGAAACAAACUGGACUGGUUGAGAUGUCAGAACCUGCUUCUCUAACCUUAAAAUUUUGAUUUCAAAUAUGGCUUCUGGCCCCGUUUAGUUACAGGGACUUUUGAGAAAUGGACCUCAGAACAGAGAAUCCUUCCUUUUAAGUAUUUUGCUAAGUGAUUGUGGGACAGUGUUUAACCCCCAUAUAGAGAAAGGCAAUUUUAGAGUUACCGAUAGUGUCGUAUCCAAUAGGCUUCAACUCAGUGACCCUUGUGGGUCCAGGCUUGAAAUCAGAGUUCUUGGCCAGGACUCAAGUGUACUUGUGUAAGCAAGUUUGUCAACUCAAAUAACAUAUUUGAUAUUUAUUGUGUACACAAUUGAAAGGUGGUCAUCUUAGAUGAACCCACAAGUGGAAUGGAUCCAUAUUCAAGACGACUCAUGUGGUCCUUGUUGAAAGAGAAGUGUAAGAACCGAGUGGUUCUCCUUACAACACAUUUUAUGGAUGAGGCUGACAUUUUAGCUGGUAAAUAAAUUAUUUAAUUAUUAACUGAUAUCUGACUGUAACAAGUAACUGUUCCUUGUGGUUUGUAUCUCUGCUUUGACUGGCUCUUAAUUCGUCAUUUUUUUUGCAGAACACUCUUUCAUAAAGCCCUCCCUCUUUUCCAUAUGGUUCUCUGAUCAAAAAUUGUUUAAAAUAUGGGGAAAAAAAUUCAGUGGGAAUUUUUAUAUCAGGAUCGAAUAAUUAUUCAAAUGCUGAAUAAAUGAAUAUGUGUUUCUAUACUCCCAGAUUACAAGGCUAUUUUAUCUAAAGGAAAACUGCGCUGUGCAGGAAGCUCGCUUUUUCUCAAGAAUCGCUUUGGAAUCGGAUAUCAUUUGAAGUAAGUAUUGACCAGAAGGUUAAAUGUUACCAUAUAGUUUCUUUCAGUCUGGAGUUUCUUAACCCUUUUACUCCCAAGAUCUCAUUUUUAGUAAUUCUCCUUACUGUUGGCAAUGUUUGUUUUGGAAAAUUUGGUAAAUCCUCCCCUUAUUGAUAUUUUUCUUUAUUCUCAUCACUUGUUUGCUUGAUAUUGUAUUGAUAUUGGGAGUUAAAGGGUUAAGUCCAGUUGGACUUGGUCUUUCAUAUUUUCCUGCACUUAAAGUGGUUCGCUAGUUUUUGUUUUGAGUUCUCUUUGACUCCUGAUAUAUUUUUCCAAUUGGCUGUUGUGAUUACUUUUACUCACUGGUUUUAAUUUUAUGACAAUUGCAAAGCACUCUCUUUCUUUGAGUAACAAUAUUUUUUCCCUUCAGUAUGGCUCUAGCUGAGAAUUGUAAUACUCAGCCAUUAAUUGAGCUUGUUCAAAGCAAAGUAGAAGGUGCAGAAGCUAUCCGUCACCAUGGCAAAGAAAUGUCAUUUGCUCUUCCUAUGGAACAAGUAUCAUGUUUUCCAGGUAAAAUUAAUGAAUUACUGCCUGUUACAAAUGGCCGAUUUCAAGUUACUUUCAAUUGGUGGUAUAUUUCUUGUAAUAUAAAAAUAAUGACUAAGCCUAACUCGGCUGUAAAUUAAUUUUCUUCCCAUAUUUACCCUGAGAUGAACCCAUUGUUUUAACCCUUUACACCCUAAUAUCAAUAUGCAUAUUCUCCACACUGUUUUCCAUACUUUUUCUAAGGUGCUGAUAAGGAGUAUUUGUUUAACAGUCAAGACCUUCUUUAGUUUACGAUCAUUUCAAAACUUUCAUGUGUUUUUGGUGUUGAUAUUAUAAGGAGAAAUUAGAUGCUAGUCACUCUUUGCAGUGAAAGGGUUUACAGACACUUCUAUUAGGCAAUUAUCAACACCAAAAUUGAUCACUGCCAGUAAUUGUUAUUAGAAACCUGUCUGUCUGAUUGCGUAAUCUGGUCAUCUGAGUGAAGGUAGCUUGGACAAGAAUUGUUGUGGAUAUAUUGGUGAAUAACAUUUUGACAACCUUAGCAGAAGUCAUCAUCAGAAUCAAGUAAAAAAGUGUUUCAGUAGAGUGUUUUAGGUGCGGUCUGUGUAGAUUGAUUGGUCGGUUUAGCUGUGAUGUUAUUGGCUGUAAUACUCAAGUGGUGUAAACUUGUCAUGAUCACCCUUAGGGGUGUCUGCUUGUGAAAGAUGUUUCCCUGAUGACACCUUUUCCUAUUGAUAUGUUAUCACUCAAUUUUCACAUACAUUCCAGAUCUACUCAAGGCACUUGAGGACAACAAUGACAGUUCGGAAGGCUGUGCUGCCCCUUUAUUAGGUGUGACAAGUUAUGGUGUUUCCAUGACAACUCUAGAAGAAGUAUUUCUUCAAUUAGAAGACACCUCUGAAGAGAGUGAAAAAUCAACAGAUGAUGCACAAGAAACAGUAAGAAAUCCUUGCAUUUAAAAUUGGAAACUAAUACUGUAACAGUGGGGCAGGGCAUGCUUGAAUGGUUGACUAGCUUUCCAGAGUCUUUAUUCUUUUAUGUCUCCCCCACAGUAAUGUGUUUUAAAAACUGGAUUUCACUGAACGUUUGACCUUUUUUGCAUUACUGUGAGUGAAAAUUGCCUUCCUUUACCUUAGAGUAACCCAUAUUAAUGUCCUUUCUAUUCUAUCUUUUUAUGAAAGUUCGAUCAAAGUAGAGCAAAUCUGUUGGCACCUUCAGAUGCCGUCAACAUUGAAGAUGGAGGCAGUAGGAUUUCUGGAUCCUUUAAUGCCCUACAUAACACAGGAGUGGAACUGAAUAAUACAGAACUGAUGGCUGAUUCACAGAAAUUAGUCUGGAAGGCAAAACAACAAGUCUUAGGAUUACUGUGGGUAUGUUACUUUUCAACACAAACUAGAGCAGAUUUUCUUUUUUCUGGAUUUGCAUUUAUACUAUGGCUGAACUUAAAGAGCUUUACUUUUCUGUUUCUUUCCAGAUUCGCUGGUUAAUGUCAAUCCGUUCACCAGCCAAGAUAUUUUUCCUAAUUAUUAUUCCACCAAUUCUCAUGAUAUCUGGUCUUUUAAUUUUGCGUGGAGCCAAGAAUGACAGCCAAUCAGCAACUGGUUUGGAGCCUCUCAAACUGACACCUGAGAUGUAUCUGAAACCUGGAAGUAAAGAGAGUUACGCCUCCUUUGCUCUUCUCCAGAACUCAACCAAAGAAACUAUGGAUCAUGUUAUGAAGUACCUGAGUGAUUAUAAUGUUGGCACCAUGUUGGUGUCUUCUAUAAGUAGCAUAUUGAGCAAGUCAUCACAUGAUCUGUACAAUUUGGGAUUUAACAUUCUCAAGUUUCCUGCAGACAAUUUGUCACCAUCCAGCGUAAGUAAAUUAAAGCAUUUCGGCGAGAGCAUUUGACCCACAUUUUCAAAAUAGUAGGCCAUAUCCAAGUUCCAAGGGCACUUGCUACAAAAAUGAAACUUGCUGUGAAACCCCUAUUCAUAUGUAAAAUUUAAUUUUAUCUGCAUGAGAAUGUAAAUUGAUUCCUAUAUCAUACACUGUGCCUCAUUUUGAAACAGAGGCUUGGGGCAUCUCGGAAAUGGCCCAUUCAUUAGAAAAAGGCUCUGGAAUUUAUAUCUGAAUAAAAAGAACCUAAUUAGUAUGCAUUAAUUCUUAUUACUUAACCUUUUCACCCUAGAUUAAUAUUCAUACUCUCCCACUUUUCUCUUUAAAUUUACUAUGGUACUGACAAUGAGGUUUUGUUUGACAAUGAGAAACUUCUUAAAUUGGUGAUUAUUUCCUUUAGUCCCAUGACCUUUGCAUUUGAUUCAAGGGUAAUACUGUAGAGAGAAAUUAGAAGCCAGUCAUUCUUUGAGGUUAAAGGGUCAUCAAGAAAGUUUUUGUCAGUGUGUCACUCACAUUGCCUAGCACUGCCUUUCAGGAUAUUUCAUCAAGCUUUGAGAUGCGUUACAACGACACAGCUGUACAUAGUGUACCUGUUGGCAUCAACAUUUUGGGAUCUAUCCUGCACAUGAAUGCUCUAAAAAGUCAAAACAAAACGCCUUAUCCACUGGAGUCAACCAUUCUUGCCUUCCCUGACCUAAAACCUCAGUGGACUUAUGACAACACAGCAUUUGUGUCAAUCCUUCUCAUUGGGAUGGCUCUCGCUAUUAUUCCAGGUAGCUUUGGAAUUUUGGUUGUAGCAGAACGGCAGGUGAGAACGAAGGAAUGGAUAACUAAAAGGUUUCUGUGUUUGUUUAUGGGUCUUCGUGAUAAAACUGUUUUUGGAUGAUUGUUGCCACACAAAACUGACAGAGAUUAUUUCAUCAGCCAAUCAGAAAAAGGAUAGAUAUCACAAAGAUUCAUUAGAUUUUAAAGUAAAUCCUUCAACACCAGUGUGAAUCAUAGGAAAAUUCAGCAAACAGUUGGAAAGUUAGUAUUACAAGUUAUUUUAGUUUUGCAUUUGAUUAUUUCAAAAGGCAACAACAAUAUUCUAGACCGGUCAUAGAAAAUAGUAAACUGCAAAACCAAUGUCAUUCCAAGUUGCUUUUAUUUGCUUUCUGUGGAAAAUUCUGGUAAUCAUCUGUGGUGUAGUUAAUAGUUAAUACACUAAAGGUUAAAUAAAUUUGAGGAAAAAAGAAAAUUUUGCAACACAGAGAGUUUGAAAAGAUUUCAAUUCAAUAAUAGGCCUAUUGUCACCUUUUAAUUAUCAUAAUGACACCUACAGUGUUUAUAAAUAAAUGUUACUUCUGUCUUGCAGAUGAAGAUGCGCCAUUUACUGAGGGUGUCUGGAGUAUCAUCCUUUGUGUAUUGGCUGGAGCUUCUUAUCUCUGAUGGCAUUGUAGUCUUAAUUCCAGUGAUACUGAUGUUGAUACUUAUACCAGCCUUUCAGCUGCCUUCGCUGUCUCCUCCCCCUGCUAUGGGCUGCUUAGUGAUUGCAGCCCUCCUGUACAUACCUGCUGGGAUACUGUUCUCGUAUCUCAUGUCAUUUAUGUUCAAUGCAUGGGAUGUCUCCCAGCAAGUUUUGCCAAAUGUGUUCACCUUUGUAAGUAUGAUGAUAAUCAAUGGUUGUUUAUUGUUAAGCCCCAUUCAAAAAUGGCUACGACAGUCGAUCAUGGUUGAUCAUGGUUUCAACUUUUUUUCACUAUCAUUGACUGUCAUGUUUGCAUUCCAAAUGGUGCAUUAUAGUUGAUAGUGGUUGAGAAAAUCAUGCAAUGAGAUUGCAUAAUUAUAAACAGGUAUUAUAAUAGCACACACUAAGGUCAGCAAUUUUGGUGGCAUUUGAAAUUUGGUCCAGAGGUAGUAAGUUGAAGAUACUUAUAAAGCCUACCAGGUGAUGAAUAGAAUGAGUUACGAGACGCAAAAUUUUGAUGGCUACUUUAGUCACACUUAAUGAAAGCAGUAGCAAAAGAAGUCUAGGGAGGCUUAGUUGUUUUCAUGCAUGUCUGAAAUUUUUGCAGUUUUUAGUAUGAAAUACCAAAAAGUUUUGUCAUAUAAGAACGCAGGUGUGACACAUAAAAAAGUGCACACCAUAUUUAGUGGCAUCUAUCCACUGAGUGUAGUUGCCCCUCUGAAUUUGGUGGUAGCUUUUUUUUUUUCGUUGUUGUUCCAUAGUAAUGUUUCUUUUUAUUUAUUUAUUUUUUUUCUCUAGACUGCAAUAAUUCCAUUCUUGACUGUAUCACUCGUGGAUAUGACAGCAAGCCGAGAUACUGCUAUUGUUCUUCAUUACGUGUUUGUAUUCCUGUUGCCUCCAUAUCCAGUAUUUGGAGCUUUGUAUUACAUUGACAGUGUGAGUAUAAAUACAAAUCUUUCACAAAUGUACAAAGAGAUUUUCACCCACAAUUUUAUCUGAUCUCUAGUAAGCUUGAUGAAAUUAGGGUAUGAUGUUCGCUUUUCCUGUAUUCCCUCAAUGGAUGAUGUAGAGGCCUUAUGGUCAAUGCACUGGACUCCUGCUCAACAGGUCUAGGUUUGAGACCUGAAUGGGUCAUUGCGUUGUGUUAUUGUGAAAAACACUAACACUAACUUUCAUAGUAUCUCUCUCCACCCAGAAGUAUAAAUGGGUAUCGGCAAAUUGUCAGGGAAGGGCUAAUGAGAUGCUGGUGGUGGGGGGUAACCUUGUGAUGGACUGGCCUCUCAUCCAGAGGGGAGUAGUAAUACAUUAUAAUACAUUAGUAGCUUCAUUAUAAGGAAACCCAGAUGAGCUUGGGCUGCUUGGGCUGCAUGAGCUGCUUGGCUCACAUGCAGACUUGUCAUUCUCUCUGUUAUUCUACCUUUGAAAUGAAGACUCACUUGGUAAAAUAUGUCCUUUACAUUUCUCUUUUAAUCACUAUGUUUUUCAGGUGUACAGGUAUGAGUCAAUUUUAGCAGCAUUUAGAGCUGGUGGUCAAUCUGUUGAUGUAGAAGUCACUGCAAGCAACUACUUCAAGUGGACCAAAUACAAUGGCAUCCCGGCUGCAUUGAUUGCUGUACGUUCUUACUUAAGUGGUUCACCACUGAACCAUGUUAUUCCUGCACUCUGAGUAUCAUAAUUACCAGAUAUGCUUCAGUGUACUUAAGCACUGUGCUGUGGCCAUUGCUCAACUGCAUUACUGCUACAGCAUUGUGUUUUUAUGUCAGGAGGGUUCCUGUUUAUGUUUAAUAUUAAAAAGAUGCAUUGAGGGGGGAAGGGUGGGGGCAUAUUUAUUUCCUGGGCAUUCUGAUCAGUUGCUGUUUUGUGUAGAAGUAGGGGGGGGUUAUGGGGAUUGUUAGAAAAUCAUAGAAAAUAAAAAUGGGAUUCAAUGUCUCUCUUCUAAAUUCCCGCCCAGCUGUAAUGAAUAUACUGCAUUUACAGAAUGCAUUUCUUUGGUUUAAAAAACUACAACCUUCAAAAUGGAAAAUGAGACAAGCCCUCAAUUACAUGUUCAGUACUAUUUGAACUGAACACAACUCAGCCUAAAUGUUUGAUAAUAAUUUACUUACAAUUAAAACAAUUUCCAGUCAGCUGCAUGGGGGGGGGGGGGACAAUUUCAAUUUGGAGUAUUUGUGUGGAGCAACUCAAAGCUCUAAACAGGGGCCAAGUCAAAGAGGGAUGGCAUAAUAUUGGAAUUCAGUUGUAUGCAUCUGACAUGAAGUUUUGAUCAUCAUGUCUUGCAUUGAUGUCUUUUCUAUUUUGUCAUUUCUCAGCCUGUUUUUCAUGCUAUCCUGUUUUCUGGGCUGAUAUAUCUCUUGGACCAACAUAAAACUGGUGGUGCUGUGAGUUGCAAGUGUUCCAAAAGGUAAUGAAGUGUACUUAUUAAUUCAUGAUAGUAGAUAGCUGUAAAAAUGUGUAAUUUUAGCCCUUUACACCCUGACAUCAGUAUGCAUAUUCUCCAUACUGUCCUCCAUACUUUUCUAAAGAGGCUGACAAGGAGAAUUAUUUUUUGCAAUCAAGAAUUACUUUAGUUGGUGAUCAUCUCCUCUAUUCUCAUGACUUUCAUGAUUUGAUUCAGGGUGAUAUAGUGAGGAGAAAUUAGAUGCUAGUCAUUCUUAGGGGCUAAAGGAUUAGCGAGACGUAUGCUCCUUAACAAAAGAAUCCAGCUUGGACCAAAACUCAGAAUCCAAUUAUUAGAUACCUUAACCCUUUAACUCCAAGAUCAAAUUUGUCAUUCUCCUUACUGUCAACCAUACAGUUCUUACAGUGUUAGUUCAAAGAAUUUAGUAUUGGAUCAACUAAUUAUCCCCAAAUUAAUAUUUUUCUUCAUUCUCAUCACUUAUCUGGCUGAUGUUGUAUUGUUACUGUAAGGAGAAAUUCUGUCUUGGUCACUCAUGGGAGUUAAAGGGUUAAGGUUCCUUUAUAAAUGCAUUUUAUUGACCUUUGCCAAGUUAAUGCUCUCUUGUCCCCUCCCUUUCCUUUUCUUGUUUGUCGUGGAGUGCUUUAGUCAGAGUCCUAUUGCUUCUUUAGCAUGACUGACAAGAACAAUGUGCACGUAGACCGAAGUUUCAGUUUCAUGCAACAGGGAAGUAAGCAAUCAUUGGAUGAAACCGAUGAGGAUGUUAGGAGGGAAAAAGAAAAAGUCUCAAACAUGGUUUCCAUAGAAGAUUCUACCUUUUCUGCAAUAGUAAAGGUGAGAAAGAGGAAGUUUUCUUAGGGAAUGUUGUGUACUUUGUACUUUGUACUUUGAUCUUUUCAAAAAGUUCAUCCUUUUAUGUAUGACUGUAAUAGCAAAUCAGCCAGUCAGAGUUAUCCUGCUUACCAUAAAGCUGCAUUUUUAGACUGGUGAGGUAUUUUUACAGCCUAUUCGGCAAUUUUACCCUUUAACUCCCAGAGGUGAAUAACAGUGAUGUAACUUCUCCAUAAAUUAUCCAGCCAGCAGGUAAUGAGAAUACUCAUACUUAUCAGGUAGAACUUGUUAUCUUGAUCUAACACCAAAUCCUCAUUACUAAUUUUUGAGGAAAUGUACAUGUUACAGCAAGAGAGGAGAAUCAACAAUCAGUUCUUGAGCGUUAGAGCAUUUAACGAUUGUAAUCUUUCAUUAAUGUUAUUGGCUUAAUGUGAGACUCCAAGACAAUCAGUCAGGUUUGAUCUGUCAUUUAAGAUUGCUGAGAGCUUCUUUUCAAAGCCUCCCCCUUAUCUGAACAAUAUUACACAGCUAAGAAUUGAUAAGAGUAAUUUAGUAUUAUUAACUGAAUUGAUAACGUAAAUUGGCCACUGUAAAGAGUUUGAAAUAUGACAUUUUGAGCAUAUAAGCCCUUUGUCAGAGCAAAUGAAGAAGGCAAACACUCAGAAGGUCAGGUUUCAAAGUCCUUAUGGUGGCCAAUUGACAUUGUCAACUCAGUUGAUAAUACUAAAUUACCCUGUUAUACUCUUCCACCAAAGCACCACCACAGUUCCUUUAGAAACUUACCCCCUUCAAGAAUUGAUAGAUUUGCACUCAAUUAUUGAUAGUAUUACUUUUAUCAACAUAGUUAAAGCUUAUGGUGUUAUUUGCGUUUGCUUAGGGACUAUGGAAGAGAUUUGGCUCAGGAAAGAAGGCUAAAACAGUUGUCAAAGACCUGUACUUUGGUGUUGAGCAAGGAGAGGUUUUCGGACUUCUUGGUCCAAAUGGAGCUGGCAAGACAACCUCCCUUAACAUGGUCACAGCUGACAUUCCACCAACAAGAGGAAAGGUAAAUAAAUAUAAGCAACUUGAUCUGUGAUAUUCUGAUGCAAAUCUUAACCCUUUACUCCCUGACAUCAGUUGUUGUAUUCUGCAUACUACUCCCAAUACAUUUCCUAAGGUUCUGACAAGGAGAAUUUGUUCAACAAUCAAGAACUUCUUUAGUUGGUGAUCAUCUCCUUAUUCUCAUGACCUUAAUUUUUGAUUCUAGGGUGAUAUUGUAAGGAGAAAUUAGAUGCUAGUCACUCUUAGGGGUUAAAGGGUUAAAUCAAAUGAGGUUUUACUUUGACCUCUUCUUGACUCUUUGUACUAACCCUCACAACUUAAUGUGUGAUUACUUUUGCUCUGGUUUUACAAUAUGUUGUGGUCCCUGUGUUUAAAAAAUUUUGCUCCUUUGUAUUAAACACUCAGAUUCUGUUUUGUCCUUCUUUGUCCCAGGUCUAUGUAGCAGGUUACGAUGUCAGAAAACAGUCCCAUGAGGCAUUUCAACACAUGGGAUUUUGCCCACAGGAAGAUGCACUUUGGCCAAUGAUAACAUUGCAAGAGCACCUUGAGGCUUUUGCUAAGAUACGUGGUGUGCCUUGGGGAGAGGUCAAACGGGUUGUUGAGCAGUGAGUUAGUUUUUCUGACAGACGAUAUAAGCUCUGGCAAGCCUUAAUUCAUGCCUUAUAAGAGUGCAACAUUUCUCUUUCCUAAGCUAUUGGUUAAUUUAAAGGUAACCACCUUUUUCAAUCAGGGCCAUAAUAGCAAGAAUAAUUGUUUUGCAUAUCCAAUAGAAGCACUUUCUCAUGAAUGACUGAAUCAUUGUGCCUGUCUCAUGCCUACUGCCUGGAAUGUCUGCUUUUAGCCAUUUUAUAAUUGAGUGAAAGUUGUUGCAUUGUUUGGAAAGAACCAAAACCAGAGCUAGAUUUGUGCAAUUUUUGCAUUUUUGCAGUAACUUGGUUAUAAAUCUAUCUGAUAACUGAACUGACCUCAGGCAAACAAGAAUUUUGUUGUGUGUGUGUGUGUUGGGAGGGUGGUGGAUAAAGAUAUCUGAGUCUAAAAUCAAAAGUUUGUUAGGUUUAUUCAUUCCUAAGCUAAUUCAGAAAGUGCUUUUUGUAUCUUCACUUGGUUCUUUUCCUCUAUUGAUCUAAAAAAUAUUUUUGUCUAUUUUAGUUAUUUGUCUGCUUUGAGGAUUACUGAGCAUGCUAAAAAGAGGACUCAAGAUCUUUCAGGAGGAACAAAACGAAAGGUCACUGUUUUUUAAUAUAAAAUAAUGUAUGUCAGACCAAUUUUUGUUCAGGUGCAUCCUUAAUUAAGUGGUAGUUUUUCAGUUAUUCCUCUAAUGUGGUGUAAUGUACUGUUGCUCUUAGGAGACUAUGUAUUGGGUACUUCUUCUUGUUAUAAUGCUGGUUGACUGCAAGUGAGAAAGAUGAAGCAAAUCCUCUCUUCUCUGCUCAAUGGAUAGCAAGAAACAAAGCCUAUCAGAUCACAGCGUUUUUGUAGAAUGGUAGUCUAUUUAUACUAAUGCUUUAUAUCUCGUUCUCAAAGGUCAGUUUUGCCAUGGCAAUGCUGGGGGAUCCACAGCUGUUGCUGCUUGACGAACCUUCCACAGGCAUGGACCCUUCUGCCAGACGUUUCUUAUGGUGAGAAGUUGACUGAACUUUAUUAUAUCCUUCAUGUUUAAUCCUUUAACCCCUAGGAGUGACCAGCUUCUAAUUUCUCCUGACAAUAUCACCCCUGAGUCAAACAUUAGGGUCACAAGAAAAAAGGAAAUGAUCAUUUACUAAUAUACAAAUUCUCCUUGUCAACACCUUAAGAAAUAUGUAGAGAAAAGUGUGUAGAAUAUGCCUACUGAUGUCAGUGGGUAAAGGGUUAAUCCUUUACAACCUAACAUCAAUAUGGAUAUUCUUCAUACAGUACAGUACAGUACAUUUCUUAAUGUACUGACAUGAAACUUUGUUUAAAAAUUAUAGCAAGAACUUCUUUAGCUGGUGAUCAUUUCUUUUCUUCUUGUGACCUUUACCCUUUAACUCCCAGGAUCUGAUUGUUAAUUCUUCCAUCUAGCUGCUACACAUUUCCUUGUAAAUUAGUUGCAAGAAUUUGGUGUUAGAUCAAGAUAACAACUCCUACCUGAUACAUUUGAGUAUUCUCAUUACCUGUUUGUUGGAUAGUGGGUGGAUAUUGUAGGGAGAAGUUACAUGUGAAUCACUUCUGGGAUUUAAAGGGUUAAUGUGUGAUUCAGGAGUGAUAUUAAAAGGAGAAAUUAUUUGGUAGUCAUGUGUUUAUUUUCUUACGACAAACCAUUUGCUGCUCUUGCUAUAACUUCUGUUGUUUUAAUUGUGACACACCACUUUCUGGCAACAUCUAAUUUUUGCCCUCAUCUCACAGAAAUUGUUAUAACUCUUAGUGCAAACAUUAACUUGUCUUUCACGGCUUUGGACAUCUCUGUGUGACCUCAUCACCACUAUUAAACAAACUCACAUAUAAAUGUUCAAAGUUAGGCAGUUUGCUGUAUCAAAGUUGCUGCUUGUUUUCCUGUCUCAUUAUCAGGAACACCAUUAGCAGGAAUGUCCAUGGAAACAGAGGAGCGGUUCUAACAACACAUUCCAUGGAGGAGGCUGAUGCUUUGUGUUCACGAAUUGGUAUUAUGGUUAAAGGCCAACUCAAGUAAGUUAUAUUUCAAACAAAUGUCUUUUCUUUUAUAAGGAAGAGUUGUUGUCCCCUUAACCUUUUUCUUGAAUAAUAGGUCAUUUACAGUUGUGUACUUAGUUGCCAAGCCUUUGAUCUAGAGUGAGGCUGAAGGCAACCUUGUUGUGAUAGAGACCAGUAUCUAGUUAGCAUAAUAACAAAGUAAUUUACAUUUGAAAAGCAGCAAGGUUUGUAUCAUAACAAGGUCAACCUUAACCUCAUUCCUGGUUAAAGGCUUAGGAACCAAACAUGCAACUGUAGAAUAGACAAUAACUCAACUUCUUGUGUUUUCAGGUGUCUUGGUUCAACACAACAUCUAAAGAGUAUUUAUGGUAGUGGUUACACCUUGGAAUUAAAACUGAAGCAAAGCCACACCUCGGGUCCAUGCCCAGAAGGUUCAAUGGAGCAGUUACACAACUAUGUCAUUGAGCUGCUUCCAGGUGCAACCCAGUCUGAAGUGUUUGGUGGAAGAGUGAUAUACAAGGUCCCAAAGGAAGGUGUUGGGGCACUAUCAGUCAUCUUUACUAAGCUUGAAAAAGGUAUGGUGUAUAUCUUUGAGGAUUGAUUGGGCCUGAUAGCAUUCAUCAACUUUGCUAAAAUGGAAGGUGGGUGCCUGGAAUAUCAAGAGCCUUCCACUGUGGCAAGACAGCCCCAGAUUAAAUAUGGCUGCAAAAUUCCCUCAACCCAGCAAUAAGCCCCUUUCCCAGGCCCCUUUCAAUAUUAAUUAGAUCUGAGUGGAAGAAAAAUCUAGGAAGGGGAGAUUGUGGCAGGUGGGGGAAGGGAAGACUCUCGAAAACAACCAUUACAAAUGUGCUUACAACUGCUGAGGAACAAACGCUACAAAACUGCUUAACCUGUAGAGACUAAAAUCUAAUUUCUCCCUGAAAUAUUACCCCUGAAUCUUACACAGAAAUAUCACCAACUAAAGGAGCUCUUGAUUAGUUAACAAAUUCUCUUUGUUAGCAUCUUACAAAAUGUAUAGAGAACAGUAUGGAGAAUAUGUGUACUGAUGUUCAGUUGUAAAGGGCCAAGAACUCAAACAUGCCGGCUGUGACAGAGUUGCAACAUUCCUUUUGAGCCUGCACCAAAAACACUGACUGACUACAAGUCUUUUUGUUUAGUAAAAUGAGCAGUAUUGUGCAAAAAUCCUGAAUCAAAUUGGACAGGAUUUGGUAGUAUUCUUUUUCCAUGACAUUUUAAGCUGUGCUACAGAAGGGUUCCAGUCAAGAAGCUUUUGGUAGAUUGGUAGAACCUCAUGAUUAUGCCAGCACAGUUGUAACUUAAUGUGUUUGUUCCAAAGCGCUUGACAGGGUUAAGGAGAACAACAAUAUUAAAGCAGUGUUUUAAGUACAACUUGAUAGCAUAUUCAUUCACUGAUUCAGCUGUAUGGUUUUUUUUAGGUAAGGAAGAAAUUGGGAUAGAGGAGUACAGUUUCAGUCAGUCUACACUGGAACAGGUAUGAAAUUUUUCUUGCUCCUUUGUGGUCAACAAAUUGUAGCAAAUUUUAGUUGAGAGUUGAAUACAAUUGGGGAUUGGUUUUAUUUUCCUUUACUCUGCCCUCAGCCUCUACGCAUGGUCUGGGAAACUUGCACUACCUUCCCAACCAAUCAGUUGCAACCAAUCAGUUGCACUAAUAGUGCCAGACCCCCAGCUAACCUCCCCAACUUAUCUUAAAUCUUCCUGUUGGCAGAGAAUCCCGAAUGAGGGCCUACUUGUAAGCCAACCACAACUGAACUGAUAGACUUUUGCCAGCUGCUAUUUAAAUCUCAGUGAAAUCAGUAUUUUACUUACUUAUUUUUAUUAUCUGUUUGCUUUUAUUUGAAAAAAUGGUAUCACCACUUGCCUCUUCAUUCAAAAUAAAAACAAUGCAUCACUUUUCAACCCUGCUUCAUAUUGUGUUAUAUGACACUUGUUUCAAGAGGCCAUUUUACAGUUGUGUACUUAGUUGCCAAGCCUUUGAUUUGGAGUGAGGCUGAAGGUGACCUUGAUGUGUUAGAGACCAGUAUCCAGGUAGCAUGAUAACAAAAUAAUUUGCAUUUGAAAAGCAGCAAGGUUUGUAUCAUAACAAGGUCACCCUUAGCCUCACUCCUGUUCAAAGGCUUGACAACCAAGCACACAACUGUAAAAUGGGCUUUUGUUAACUGACUGAUCAAACUGCUCAACUACAAUGAUAUCCUCAGGUUUUUCUGGAGUUUGCAAAAGAACAAGAUGAUGACAGGACUGGAGCCAAAGAUAACAAAGAAGAGAUUGUAUACGUACAUAAUGGUGGAUCUCACCCAGCAGUGUAA